AUGUCAUUUGCACUUACAGUUAGACCAAAGCUUUUAGGUCUCACAAACAAGCAGUUUCAGACUAUUAGUAAACGAUUAUUAUCACAAUCAUCACUAAAGACCACUUCGGUUCCAAAUAAACAACAACAACGAUACAAGAAAUCAGUUGCGUUAGUGUCUGGUGUUAUCAUUGUUGGAUCGUAUGUUAUAUUCAACCAAUCUAACUAUUUCAAUUUGGAUACCUUACCAUCACCACCAGCACCCCCAGUACCAUCAACACCUUCACAUACCUCAAGCAAAUUUGUACAAAAGAAGAAUUUCAGCACCAGCUCUUUAAACCAUUUCCAACAACAGAAAGAAGGGAUUUUUGCUCUUAAUGAAGAACAGGUUAGUGCAAAAUUGCGUCAGCACGAGGAGAGUUACUUUGUUAAUAGAGGUAAAGGUGUAACCAGGUAUGAUACCUGUCAAUUACCUUCAAAUUCUCCGAUUGAAGAUGACCGAUCAGAACAGAUAGUGCAAGUGGAUAUAUUACAACAGAAUAACACAAAAACUACAACGGACUGGAUGUUCUUUGGUGUGUACGAUGGUCAUGGGGGAUGGGCCACUUCUUCCAAGUUGAGAGACCAAUUGAUUGGGUAUGUGGUUAACGAAUUGGAUACAGUUUAUAAACCUGUCCCAGGAGAAGAGAAUUUGCGCUACAUCCCAAGUAGUUCAACAAUAGAGAACGCAAUUUCCAAUGGUUUUUUGAAGUUAGAUCAUGAAAUUGUGACUAAAAAUGUCGAAAAGAUUCUCAACCAAUCUAGGAAAACGAAUGCCGCGGACUUGUUGAUGCCAGCCUUGAGUGGAUCCUGUGCACUUUUAGCAUUUUAUGAUUCAAAUACUAAAAUUCUUAAAACGGCUUCUGUGGGUGAUUCCAGAGCAGUUCUUGGUCGGUUCAAUGGCCAUGACUGGUCAGCAACUGCAAUCACCAAAGAUCAAACAGGCUCUUCACCAGAAGAAGUAGCUCGAAUCCUAAGUGAGCAUCCUAACGAGCCUAACGUGAUUCGUCAUGGAAGAAUCCUAGGUUCUUUAGAGCCCAGCCGUGCCUUUGGUGAUUGCCGCUACAAACUUCCAAAGUCGGUACAAGAAAGAAUUUACAAGCAAUUUUUUGGUAGACCCGUUCCAAAUCAAUUGAAGACUCCUCCUUACGUUACAGCAGAACCGGUUAUCACAUCAACAAAGAUCAAAAAUCAAGAUUUUGUGGUAUUGGCUUCAGAUGGAUUAUUUGAGAUGCUUAGUAAUAGUGAAAUUGUUUCAUUGGUUGUUAAAUGGAUGGAAAAGGAAGGAAUGAUAAAGCCGAAGAAAUCAUGGUUUGGAUUUGGAGGUGCUGAUGGUAAGUUGCCUAUAGUUCAAGAUCUCUCGAAAGAUAGUAAUAGCCUGAAGAAACCGUUGCAAAACAAAUUGGGAAAUGGGUUUUUGUUGGAAGAUAAGAAUGUUGCUACUCAUUUGAUCAGAAAUGCAUUAUCUUGUGGUGGAUCAAGAGAACAAACUUCAAUGUUGCUUUCUAUUCCAAGUCCCAUUUCAAGAAGAUACCGUGAUGAUUUAACAGUGACAGUUGUGUUUUUUGAUAAAGAUCCAGCAGGUGAAAAUGAUAAUGGUCCUAUAGAAGUCAAUUGGAAUGCAACUGUGGGCGGUUUAGAUGCAAACAAACCAAAGUUGUAA